AUAAAAGUACUAAGCCGAACGGCUGUUGGGCGCAAAUAUUAUUGUGAAGUGAAGUGAAUUUGAAAGUAACUAUGCCGCCGAAAACCAGUGGAAAGGCAGCCAAGAAGGCUGGCAAAGCUCAGAAAAAUAUAACCAAGAAUGAUAAGAAGAAGAAGCGCAAGAGGAAGGAAAGCUAUGCUAUUUACAUCUACAAGGUUCUGAAGCAGGUUCACCCUGACACUGGAAUUUCGUCUAAAGCUAUGAGUAUAAUGAACAGCUUCGUAAACGAUAUCUUUGAGCGUAUUGCUGCUGAGGCUUCGCGUCUGGCUCAUUACAACAAGCGCUCGACCAUCACCAGUCGGGAAAUCCAAACGGCUGUUCGUCUUCUCCUGCCUGGAGAGUUGGCCAAGCAUGCCGUUAGUGAAGGAACCAAGGCUGUCACUAAGUAUACAAGCUCCAAGUAGAUUGCUCGCUUGCUGGGCAGAAUGAUCCAAAAAGGCCCUUUUCAGG